CACACUUACGUGGCACGAAUAGCAUUUCGGCUCUGCCUGACCAGUUGAUGUGUGAUGUUAAGAUUUUGAGAUCUAAAUACUGUUAAAGUUAAUUGUAAAUGCCUGAGUGAAAAAAAGUUAACCAUUUACGGUUGGCAUUUGCCAAUAUUGUUGGAUAUUUUCAAACUGUAUAUAUACAAUUAUUUCAGUUGAUCAAGAAAUGAAUAAUUCUCAAUUUGCACAAGAGCGUCCAACACAAAAUUAUGGCGCUCUUCCAACACCACAACAAAAUGGUCAACAUAAUACAUCAUCGAACAAUGUACCAUCUUAUAACCAGGCUGAAGGACAGUUGAAUGAUCAAUUUUCACAACUGGGAUUUAAUAAUAGACCUUCAGUACCACUAGUUCAAAAUAAUACUUUGCCGAGUAGUAUUAGCAACUUUUCAAGUGGACCACAAGUAAAUACUUCGCAAUCAUAUUCACCUGCCAAUUUUAAUGUUGAACUGACUGGGCCUCCUAAGCAAUUUUCUUCAUCAGUACCUUUUGGAGGAAGUUUUAGUCAAAAUUCCUCAGAUAAUUUUCUAGACAAAACUAGUAAUACAAUACCACAAUCUGCUUUUCCUGGAAAUAGUGUUGAAUCAAAUAUUCACGAUGGAAUUAUUAAUCAAGAAUCAAGAGAUUUUAAUAAUGGCACUCCUAAUAAUUUAAGUGAGACAAUGUAUGGGAAAUCCAAUGAAUUUAAUACAAAUACCUCAAAUUUGGUUUCAAAUCAAAUUGGUUCUGGAUUAACUUCAUCUCAACCUAUUCAAUCAGCCUUUUCUGUUGUUUCACCUCAAUCUCGUUCUCAAAAACCGUAUUCAAGCAAUGUUCAACAACCACAAUUGGUUGAAAAUGUUCCAUCCCAAUCGGAUUUAUCUACUCAAAAAUUAGAAUAUCAGCCAUCAAAUUAUCCACCAACAUCUAAUUCAAUAUCUCAAUCAGAUUUUUCGAGACAACCUAAUCAUGCUCCACAGCAGCCAGGUUUUCCAUCUCAGAAUAAUUUAAAACCUCAGCAACCAGGUUUUCCACCUCAACCCAAUUCCACACUGCAGCAGCCUGGGUUUCCACCACAAUCUAAUUCAACAUCGCAGCAGCCAGGUUUUCCACCUCAACCCAAUUCAACACUGCAGCAAUCAGGUUUUCCACCUCAACCUAAUUCCACACUGCAGCAGCCUGGUUUUCCACCACAAGCCAAUUCAACAUUGCAGCAGCCAGGUUUUCCAUCUCAGACUAAUUUAAAACCACAGCAACCAGGGUUUCCGCCACAACCUAGUUCGACACCACAGCAACCAGGUUUUCCACCUCAACCUAAUUCAACACUGCAGCAGCCAGGUUUUCCACCACAAGCCAAUUCAACAAAAACUCAGCAACCGGGUUUCCCGCCACAACCUAAUUCAAUAUCGCAGCAACCUGGUUUUCCACUCCAACCUAAUUCCACACUGCAGCAGCCUGGUUUUCCACCACAACCCAAUUCAACACAGCAGCAACCAGGUUUUCCACUUCAACCUAAUUCAACAAUGCAGCAGCCAGGUUUUCCACCACAAGCCAAUUCAACAAAAACUCAGCAACCGGGUUUCCCGCCACAACCUAAUUCAAUAUCGCAGCAACCUGGUUUUCCACCCCAACCUAAUUCAACACUGCAGCAGCCAGGUUUUCCAACACAAGCCAAUUUAACAAAACCGCAGCAGCCAGGAUUUCCACCACAGCCUAAUUCAACACUACAGCAGCCAGGUUUUCCACCACAAGCUAAUUCAACAAAAACUCAACAACCUGGUUUCCCGCCACAACCUAAUUCAGUUUUGCAGCAGUCAGGUUUCCCACAACAACCUAAUUUAACACCACAGCAACCAGGUUUUCCGCCACAACCUAGUUCGAUACCACAGCAACCAGGUUUUCCACCUCAACCCAGUUCGACACCACAGCAACCAGGUUUUCCACCUCAACCCAGUUCGACACCACAGCAACCAGGUUUUCCACCUCAACCCAAUUCAACACUGCAGCAGCCAGGUUUUCCAACACAAGCCAAUUUAACAAAACCGCAGCAGCCAGGAUUUCCACCACAGCCUAAUUCAACACUACAGCAGCCAGGUUUUCCAUCUCAGACUAAUUUAAAACCGCAGCAACCAGGUUUUCCGCCACAACCUAGUUUGACACCACAGCAACCAGGUUUUCCACCACAACCCAAUUCAAUACUGCAGCAGCCAGGUUUUCCACCACAAGCCAAUUCUACACUGCAGCAGCCUGGUUUUCCACCACAACCCAAUUCAACACUGCAGCAAUCAGGUUUUCUACCACAACCUAUUUCAUCUCAACAGCAACAUGGCUUUCCUCCUCAACCAGGAAAUUUACCAUCUCAACAAAUGGGUUUUCCUUCUCAGGCCGGUAAUUUACCACCACGACAAUCUGGUUACCCACCUCAACAGCCUGGUUUAACGUCUCAACAACCUCAACAACCUGGAUAUUCUCAGCAACAUAACGGUUUCAAUCCUCAACAACCUAGUUAUCAACCUCAACAAUCUGGGUAUCCACCUCAACAACCUGGGUAUCCACCUCAACAACCUGGGUAUCCACCUCAACAAGCAGGUUACUCUACACAACAAGCUGGUUUUAAUCAAGGUACACCAGCCUAUAUGGGUCAGCCAGCUCCAAGUAGGAGAUUAGAUCCAGAUCAGAUGCCAAGUCCAGUACAAGUUAUACAAGAUGACCAACAAAGUAAAAGUGGUUUAUUUUUAACUAAUCAAAGAGGUCUAGUGCCCCCUUUAGUUACUACAGAUUUCACUGUUCAAGAUUCUGGUAAUGCAUCACCUAGAUUAAUAAGAUCAACUAUGUAUUGCGUACCCACUACAACGGACAUUAUGAAACAGACUUCUGUACCAUUUGGAUUAGUCAUCAGUCCAUUAGCAAAAAUAAAACCCGAUGAGUAUCCUUUACCUAUUAUAAAUACUGGUGAAUUUGGACCAGUUAGAUGUAAAAGGUGUAAAGCUUACAUGAGUCCAUUUAUGCAGUUCAUUGAUGGUGGAAAACACUUUACUUGUCUUUUAUGUAAAGCUACAACAGAAGUACCAGUUGAAUAUUUUCAACAUUUGGAUCAUACUGGUCAGCGGCUUGACCGUUCUGAAAGGCCUGAAUUAUGUUUUGGUUCAUAUGAAUUUAUUGUUCCAAAAGAGUAUUGUAGGAAAGAAAUUCAACCAAAACCUCCUGCAUAUAUAUUUGUAAUAGAUGUUUCUUACAAUAAUAUUAAAUCUGGACUUGUUCGACUCAUAUGUGCUUUCAUGAAAGAGCUAUUAACUCAAUUACCAACUGAGUUGGGAAGUGAAAAAAGUAAAAUACGUGUUGGUUUUAUAACUUAUGAUACAACUGUUCAUUUUUAUAAUAUCAAGGAAACAUUAGCUGUUCCUCAAAUGAUGAUUGUUGGUGAUACUUCUGAAGUGUUUAUGCCAUUGUUAGAUGGGUUCUUAUGUGAUCCAGAAGAAUCAUCUCAAGUUAUCGAUGUACUUAUGGAACAAAUUCCCACUCAGUUUAAUGAAACAAGGACUACUGAAACUAUUCUUUUACCAGCAAUAAAAGCAGGAAUGGAAGCAUUGAAGAACGCAGAUUGUUGUGGUAAAUUAUUUGUAUUCCAUUCAUCCUUGCCUAUAGCAGAAGCUCCAGGUAAACUUAAGAAUCGGGAAGAUCGAAAAUUACUUGCCACCGAUAAAGAAAAAACUAUUUUGAAUCCACAAACUAAUGUUUAUAAAGAAUUGGGAGAAGAAUGUGUUCAAGUUGGAUGUAGUGUUGAUUUAUUCAUCACUAAUAAUUCUUAUAUUGAUUUACCUACUAUUGGUCAAAUUUCUAAAAUUAGUGGUGGUGAAAUUUUCAAAUACACAUAUUUCCAAGCUGAAGUUGAUGGUCAACGAUUUUUAUCUGAUUUAAAACAUGACAUUAGCCGACCAACUGUUUUUGAUGCUGUAAUGCGUGUACGGACAUCUACUGGUACUCGUCCUACUGAUUUCUAUGGGCAUUUCUUUAUGUCAAACUCUACAGAUGUUGAAUUAGCUGCUAUUGAUUGUGAUAAAGCUAUUGCAAUUGAAGUAAAACACGAUGAUAAGCUUGAUGAACAAGAUGGAGUAUUGGUACAAACAGCUAUGUUAUACACAUCAUGUAGUGGGCAAAGGCGUGUACGCAUAUUAAAUCUAUCAUUACGUUCUAGUGGACAAAUGGGUGAAUUAUAUCGUAGCUGUGAUUUAGAUACAAUAAUGAAUUUCUUCGGAAAACAAGUUAUGUAUAAAAUAUUGGAAAGUUCUGGACGACAAGUAAAGGACGCAAUUACUAAUAAGACUGCUCAAAUAUUAGCUACUUAUAGAAAACAUUGUGCAUCACCAUCUUCAGCCGGUCAACUUAUAUUACCUGAAUGCAUGAAACUUAUGCCUCUAUAUGUUAAUUGUUUGAUCAAAUCUGAUGCAAUGUCCGGUGGUCCUGAUAUGACAGUUGAUGAUCGUUGGUUUAAUAUGCAUCUUGUUAUCACUGCGGAUAUACCUACAACAUUAGGUUAUUUCUAUCCACGUCUGAUUCCUAUCCAUACACUCGCUGAUGAAAAACUAUUAGAUGAUGUUUCAAUACCAGAUCAAUUAAGGUGUUCUAUUGAAAAGUUUGCAGAAAAUGGAGCUUAUAUUUUGGAAAAUGGAGUUUAUAUGUUUUUGUGGCUUGGUAUGGGUCUAAGUCAAACAUUUUUGACUGACGUAUUUGGUGUUCAGAGCAUUACAUAUGUUGAUACUGAACAUUCGGCUAUUCCUGUGUUGGAUAAUCCACUCAACAAAGCUGUUCGGCAGGUGUUAUCUAAAAUUCAAAAAGAACGAAGCCACACUAUGAGACUUUCAAUUAUACGACAGAAAGAUAAAAUUGAAACUGUUAUGAGACAUUUCUUAGUUGAAGAUCACGGCAUUGACAAUAGUCCAUCCUAUGUAGAAUUUUUGUGUCACAUGCAUAAGGAAAUUCGCAAUUUGCUCAGUUAGCACACACAAAAAUGGUAAUUGGUAGGGGUCAAUUUGGGAUUAACACCAAUACAAUUACUUGAAUUACUAUAUGAUUACUUAUUGUUUUGUCUAUUACUGCACGAUUGUUAUGUUACAUUUGUAAUUUUUAAUGAUGUAUGACAGUCAUAGAAAUAUCUGUUGUUAUUAUAUUUAUUAUAUUAUUUUUUUGAUUUUA